AUGUGUUCACUCCUGUCCUGUGCUGCUGCUGCUGUUGCCGCCGCCGCCGCCGCCGCCGCCGCUGCUGCUGCUGCUGCUGCUGCAGCUGCUGCUGCUGCUGCUGCUGCUGCUGCUGCUGCUGCUGCUGCUGCUGCUGCUGCUGCUGCUGCUGCUGCUGCUGCUGCUGCUGCUGCUGCUGCUGCUGCUGCUGCUGCUGCUGCUUCUGAUGCUGCUGCUCCCUCUCUCUCUCGAAUAGACUCAGAAGCCACCUUUGCGAUCACCGUCGUUCAAGUCGCGGGGUUCGGGGGAGCGGCUGAUGCGUUGGGGGGGGCGUCGUACAACCCGCUGACGAACCUCAUCAACUACCUCGCUGACGAGGACGACGAGACGGCGCUCAGCUUGCUCCUGCGCUUCCCCGCUCAGGCCUCUGCCCCCUGCCCCGCCCAGAUGCUGGCAGGGGCCAGAGCGCUGGCAGGAGACAGGUGGGCUGGCAGGCAUGUGGGUAUCCCUCCCUUCCUGUCCAUCCCAACCCCCUUGUCCCCCUUCCUUCCACCCCCCCCUCCUCCCCCCCUUCCCCCCCCCUCCUUCUAUCCCCUCCCCUCCCUCUCCCAUCCACGUCAUCAGGCAGGUGGCAUGGUGAUAGGAACAAUGCUGACGUGGGAGUUCAUUCCAGAGUCCCUCAAGCACACCGUCGACGGGCCCGCGCUGCCACCUGGCAUCUCGGUAUUUGCCGGCGCGACAGCGGAGUUUACACUCACGUUUCUGCUGAACCUGGUGGUGCUGUGGACACUGUUCCUGGGCCCCAGCAGCGACCUCUCAAAGGCAUUCAUCAUGGUCUCGGCCACAAUAGUCGCCAUUGCUGCUGGCAUGGGCUUCUCUGGCCCUUCCCUGAACCCCUUCUUUGCGUUCGGGUGGGUGUACACAUUGGAUCAGGAGAUGUCGGUGCAGCACUUCUUAGUCUACUGGGCUGCUCCCACUGCCGGUGCCGUGCUCGCUGCAGCCUUCUACCGGAUCUACCUGAAACCACACAGGGCAGCACUAGAGGCGAAACGGUGGAAGGAGAGAGAAGGGAAGGAAGGGAAGGCUGAGGAGAGAGGGAGGGGAGAGGAGGAAGCACUGAGGGAUAGCAGAGAAACAAAAGGGGUUGCCGCGGAGAGAGAGGGUGAGGGGUUGCGAAAACGGGUGGGUGCGGGGGGGCGGGAAGAGGAGAAGGGUAGGGAGAAUAUGAAUAGUGGUGGUGGUGAAGGGAGAAACAAAGCGGAGUGA